AUCGGUACUCAUCUUUGGAGCACGCGAACACUUAACGGUCUCAAAACUCUCAGUGUCAAGCUUUUCCCGACACCUAAUUUCUUUUGCGCUUCGAUUAUUGUCAUCAAGAUGCAGAGAAUGGCUGCCAACCCGGACGCGAGCGAGACGAGCCCCUCGAAGCCUCGUAGCCCCCGCCUAGCUAAUAUCAUGACGAUUCCGGAGUCGAGACAGCAGAGCUAUGAGGAGCUUUACGGAGCCCCCGAGAACCUGCUUGAGAUUGAAGUCCGCGACCCUCGAACCCACGGCACCGGCCGCCACAUGUAUACAGACUACGAAAUCCACGUCAUAACCAACAUACCUGCGUUCAAGUUGAAGCAGUCUUCCGUGCGGAGACGCUACUCGGACUUUGAGCACUUCCGCGACAUGCUCGAGCGCGAGAGCGCGCGCGUCACCAUCCCCCCCUUGCCGGGCAAGGUGUUCACGAACCGCUUCUCGGACGACGUGAUCGAGCACAGGAGAGAGGGUCUGCAGCAGUUUCUGCGCAUCGUAGCCAGCCACCCGCUGUUGCAGACGGGGAGCAAGGUGAUGGCCAGCUUCGUGCAGGAUCCAAAUUGGGACAAGAAUUCAUGGUGAAUGCAUGGCAGCGAGCGGGGAAUCGCUAACGACGGCUGGCCAAUCUGAGCCGCGAGCACAAGCGGCGUCAAGCACAGGAUGCGUUUGGACAAGGAACAAAAGCGGUUAGGUGUGUGUGUGUGCGUGUGUGAGAGAGAGAGAAAGAGAGCCUCUCAAUUCAGAGGACGAAAAUGCACAAGUGGUAAGCUACUGGAGCAGAAGUUACGCGGGGAAGGUUUCAUCAAUCACUCAUUCUGAACGGUGCAGAGGAUGAUUCAGCCUUAAUAUGAGCAGAUUGAUUUGUCUGUCGUUGUCUAUUUGUACACUUCGCAGCGGGCCUUUGUUUCACCCACCGCGACCAGAUACAUCUAUGUCUACAAGUCCUAUCACCAAAGCGGAGUCUUAAGUUUUGAAGCGUAUGCGGUACUCCAAGGGAUGGCGACUUUUCAGUUGUUUUUACAUGUCAUAACAUACGAAAAUGAAUGCACGAAUGCAAAUCUGAUGUUAUGCUUCUCAAGUUUUUGAGUCCUCACCCAUGUAUCUUAGCACAGCUUCAUAGGUGCCGAACAUGAUUGCGG